AUGGCGGGUAUUACAAAAGCAACGAAACACAGCGUUGUAGCAAAACUCGCUCUGCGGGAAACAAGAGGGUCUUUGCAGCUGCAUUCUCGUGGAAACCGAGCACGCCUUUUCAAGAAAUGUCCGCAGCGGUUUUGCGUUCCAUUGGAGAGUAUAUUAGAUGUUGGUGGUGUCCUGAGAAGAGGACAUGUUAUUUUGGGUUUUACCAAGAAUGGCAGAUACCUGAUAUCAUACUGCCUUAAAAUUGAAAACGAUGACAGCUGUCCAAUGCCUCGCUAUGUUUACUCUCUUCAUUGGUGGGAGUUUCAUCAAUGGAGGCCAUUAGUUCAGGUGUUUACUGUUGCAUUGUUUGAUGAAGAAGAGAUACACGAAGAUCUGCAUUUACUGAUUGCUGAGAGCCCAGAUGAGUCACAGACAGUGGUCUACGGUGAAGUACGUUCUGUAAAAGAAGACCACAGCCAUCAGUGUUAUGUCACGGUUUGUGCCACCCCCUCACCACACCCAUGUCCCCUUUGCAAGUACACAGCCCUUGGUGGAAUAACAGAGAGGUGUUUGAAACACUCUUUUGUGGUACAUUUUAAGUAUGACCUUUUGCCUCCUUUUCCAAUAUUUAACCCCUCAACAAAUCUGAAAAUGGAUGAUACAGUUCUCUUCAAUACUGGGGACUUCCUGAUGGCAUUAAGGAUCUUAACCAUUGAGAACACAAACAACAAGUUUUCUGAAGUUCUCAAGAGUUUAUAUCCAGAUACAGAAGACAAGGCAUCAAAGAAGUCUUGCUGCUUUGUUGACAACAAACAGGAUUCAGGUGGUGUGACUGGUAAAGGUGACAUUCCAUGUCAGUGUGCUGCCAUAGGAGUUUUAGAAAGACCUGCAUUAUCUCCUGAAGGGAUUGAUGUCAAAUCUUGUGGAAAGGUUGAUGGCAUUGCCAGCUCUGAAGCUGAUGCUAACCAAGACUCCAGCUUAGGCAACAAAGCUAAGAGUAUGCAGUCUGCAUGCUCCUUGCACAAACAUGCUGAUCGUCACACAAUUAUCUCAGGCUUUGUUGAUGUCCUUAACCAAAUCCGUGGAGAACAGUGGCAUGGAAAAAUUAAUGUAAACAAAGAAGAGUGUCUUCCACCUGCUAUGAAUACUGGAAGCCAAAGAGAAUGCCGAGAUUCCACAGGAAAUCACGAUUGCAACUCAACUAAGGAAUGCGAUGAAAGAGGAAAUUUGGAAAAGUUUGAUGUCAAUAUUGAUCAUCACCCUUCUGACUUAGCUCAAACCUCCAAAAGUGCAUUGAAUUCUUGCAGUGAUCUGCAUAAUGCAGGAAAUAGUGCACACAUUAAUGUCUCUGAAGAUGACCCCAACAUUCUUCAAAAUGGUGCAGAGCAAUCAGCUCGUAACAAGUUUCAAGAAUCUGACCACAGUAGAUGUGAUUUGGAUUUCCCUGACAAGGUGUCACAUAUUUGUAGCUCUUGUGGCUGCGCUGUAUCUGGGCCGGUUUUAAACAACAACAACUUGACUUCGUCAGUUUUCAAGGUCUACAUAGAAAGCAGCAAUGAUCCUGACUACCAUGAGCUCCCUGAUCUAACAGGUGAAUUUGACAUGUUUGAUGGAUCACUGCCACUCACUGUAAAAACAUGCCAUGGCAGCAGCCUGAAGCAAGUUUUCAAACUUAACGAAAGCAACCCAAAUACAUCCGCAAACUCAUGCCUUGAAGAAAAUCUUGGAAGUAAAAUGCUACAUGCAUUAGCUGUUCAGCAAGUUACACUUGAUUUAGAGCAGUGUAUCAAUGAGUUGAUUCUAUCGCAUGAAGGUCUCCAGCACAGCUACAAGUCACUUAAGGACUAUGAUGUUCAAGUAGUGGGUGUGUGUCCAGACAGUGGUGAAGUUAUCACCAUGGCCAGACUUCUGGUCUACACUCGUACCAGGCAGCCAUCUGAAAGCUUUGGUUUACCUGUUAGUCCGAGCCCAGUUUUGCAGUGUACAGGGUUCAUAUUUUCCUGGCAUGUCCGGAGUGGCCUGGUGAGAAUUCUUCAAGUUCUGGAUUUGGAAAACUAUCCUGAGCGAACUCGUUACUCCAAGUUUAACAUGGCUGCUAAAGAAGCCAGUCAACUCCGUGCCAAAUUUUCCAUUCCCCAAAGUAUUUCUUCAUUUGUACAGGCGUUUUCUAAUCACACUGUUUUCACUGGAAAAUCACUGAAAUACCUAAGGCAUCCAUUUCUGCCACUUGUUAUAGUUCUGUAAAACCUUUGUAUCCUAUACUGCUUUGCAUGUGUUUCACUUGAGAUGAUGAGGAUCGUGUUUCUCAUCAACUGCCCAGUUGAAUUGGCUAUAAAAGGGCUAUGAGAAAUUACUAGUUGAUCUACACACCAAAUAUGAUUUAAAAUUGACAAUAAACAUGUUUGAAAUAGGAUCUUAUAUAUUUUGUUUCGAUUUCAUUUUAUACGAGUGGUGGUGUAAACCGCAUAUUUAGUGACUGACUAUUUGUACUUGAGGGGGGCUGGGGAAGGUGUAUGGGCAGUUAAUCAAAAAAAUAUCAUACGGUGAAUUGAAAACUGGGUUGCUGGCUGUAAAGUGAGGGCUACAAAAAGUAGAAGGGCAGAAAAAUAUGUAAAACAAAAGCCGCAAGGAACGACAUUUCGAGAGAGCCAUGUUGAAAAUUCUUGCACGAAUUAACGGUCAACGAACGAAAUCUGACAACAAUUCACAUUGAAAGUACGGACCAAUUUCGCGCGAAAAAGGCCAACCUGAUU